AUGCAUCCUCCUCAAUCCCUCAGCCCUCUCCUCUCUUCUCCAUCCCUCAUCCUCCAAAACCUCAAAAAACUAAUCUCCGUUGGCUCAUUCGAGCAAGCCCUCUCCCUCUUCAACCACCUUCACUCCUCCAACCUCCACUUCCAAAUCUCUCCGUCGAUCCUCCCCUCCCUCCUCAAAGCCUCCUCCUCCAACCUCCCAUUCACGCUCCAACUCCACUCCCUCCUCCUCAAAUCCAACCUCGUUAUCCACCCGCCAACCCUCAACUCCCUUCUCUACACCUACUCCAAACACUCUGAUGCCGUCUCCGCCCGGAAGUUGUUCGAUGAAAUGCCCCUUAUUAGAGACCCCAUCACCUGGGGCUCCAUGAUCAGCUCCUAUUCCCAAAAUGGUUAUUUUCUUGAAUCCUUAAAAAUCUUCAAGGAAAUGAGUUUGGUGGGUCUUGAGCCAAAACCCGAGCUCAUUGCGGCUGUCGUCUCUGCCUGCAGCUGGAGGGGGAACUUAUCUCUCGGGAGAGCGAUUCAUGGCCGUGUCGUCAUUGGGUCUGUUUCUGAUGAGUGUGUGCUCUUGGGUACUUCACUUAUUGAUAUGUAUAUGAAAUUUUGGGAUCUUGAUUCGGGCUUGCGGGUUUUUGGUUUGAUGUUUGAGAGAAAUGUGGUGUCUUGGACCGCCGUGAUAAAUGGUUGUGUGUCUUGUGGGAACUACAAUUUGGCGAUAGAUCACUUGAGGAGGAUGAGGAUUGAAGGGGUUGAGCCUAAUCGAGCGACGAUGGUUUCAGCUUUACAACCCUGCGGUGAACUUGGGGCCUUGAAGCUUGGAAAAGAGAUCCAUGGGUGUGUUUUCAAACACGGAUUCGAUCUUGACUCUAAGGUUACUGGUGCUAUGAUCAAUAUGUACUCGAGAUGUGUGGGAGGGAUUAAACUAGCUUAUCUCAUCUUUGAGAGAGCUAAGGAAAGAGAUACAAUCACUUGGAGUUCUAUGUUAGCAGCUACUUCAAUGAUUGGAGAUUACGGCAAAACCUUUGAAUUGUUUCAAAGGAUGAGGAGAGAUGGUGUUGAGCCAAACUCUAUAACGAUGCUUGCGAUAAUCGAUGCCUGCAUUGGCUUGGCAUCCCUUGAUCAUGGGCUAUCAGUGCUUAGCUACAGUGUGAAGUAUGGCCUUAUCUCAGAUGUCAAGUUAGGCAAUUCCCUCAUCAGUAUGUUUGCAAAGUGUGGAUGCUUAGAAUCCUCAUCUCGAGUCUUUUUCGAGUUGAUACCCACAAAAGAUUCAAUUUCGUACGGUAGCAUGAUUCAGAGCUUUGGUUUCCAUGGUUGCGGCGUAGAGUCAUUGAGAUUGUUUGAAGAGAUGCAAGAAUUGGGCUUUAUAUGCGACGAUAUAACAAUUCUUGCGGUCUUAUCAGCGUGUAAUCACUCGGGCCUCAUCGAAGAGGGUAAGAAAUUUUUUGAUAGCAUGAAGAGAGAUAGCAACGUUGGAUUGAGAGUAGAACAUUAUGCUUGCUAUGUGGAUCUCUUAGGGAGAGGAGGAAGGAUUGAGGAGGCUCGUGAGGUUGUAAGAAAAAUGCCCAUCAAACCGAGCUUGAGGAUUUUGAGCUCGUUGAUUUCGGCUUGCAGAGUUCAUGGUAGAUUUGAGAUUGCAGAGGAAUUGUCUAGGGAACUCAUUGAUCUGGAGCCAAAGAAUGCAGCAAGCUAUGCACUGGUUUCUAUGGUUUACGCUGAUGAGCAGAAUUGGGAUGGGGUGAAGGAGAUAAGGAGAGUGAUGAGGGAGAGGGGAUUAAGGAAGAAUUUGGGUUGCAGCAGGAUUUAG